AUGCCACCCACGUACAGCUACCCAAGUCCCUGCAGCAAGAAAAGUAGAUCCAGCCAAAUACAACCCUACACACCAAACGACAACCUGAACAAUGCGCUGGGCUCUAUCAGAGUCCUGGGGUUGGAACUGAUCGCACACGAACUUGAACCACAUCUGAACACAGUGCUGGCCAACAUUAAGGAGAGGAAGAAAGGCGCUGCUGAGCAGGUAGUGAUCAGUGGGAUCUUGCCCAUCCUGGCCCUUUCUCUGAGGAGCAGGGGGCCUCUCACUCUGCCCACCGCUAAACUUGUGGCUGAACUCGCCAAGGAGUCUGUGGUUCGUAAAGGUUUCGGUGAUGCAGGUUUAGCUCCGGCUUUGCUGUCCGUGCUGACCAGUCUAGACCAAGAGCUGCUGCUUCACGCUGCAAGAGCCAUCUCUCGCAUGUCUUAUGACAGCACCAAGCUGCAGCACCUGCUGCUCCGUCGGGGUGCGGUGCCUCGCCUGGUCUCCAUCCUGCUCCGCUUCCCUGACAAGGAGGCCCUGGAGGAAGUGUGCCUGCAGGCGCUCUGUAACAUCAGCGGCAUGGGAGUGGCAGAGGAAGCAGGCAUGGUCUGGGAGAGGGGUGCAUCUGUGAGGCCGGGGGAGACUGUCUUUCACAGCGUUUCUCCUCACACCUGUGAUUUUGCCUCUUCUGUGACUCUGGUGUGUGUGUCUCAAUGGGCCCCGGGUCAAUAUGCGGUCAACAUUGAGGUCUUCCAGCGCUGCUCCUCCUCUUUCUGGAGCCUUCACGGGAACAAACGGAACGCUCGUUGUUUUCCUUUCUCCAGAUUGGGAAGCUUUUCUAAUCUGUUGAAGAUUAUCAAAUUCUCUACAAGGAGUGUUCCUGGAACCAAAAGUCUGAGGAAUCGCGUGUUUCACACUUUCCUCUGA